ACACGAACACACACACACACACACACACACACACACUUGUAUUGACAACAGAAUAGAAUACAUCAAAGUACAGUUAAAUAUUUUCAUUAGCUUUUACAAUGAUACAGUAUGCUGUACAGUAGUGUUAUAGUGGAGUUCCUCAAUGUGUCUAAGCUGAAGAUUAAUAAACCAGACUUGACCAAUACAGACAAAAUACAGUGAAGGGGCUGAAGCGAAAUCAAUGAGAAGAACAUUAGAGUGAGAAGAACAACUGAUAUUAGUUUUCGAGACGCUGCAGUUUACUGGUCAUUUUUUAAAGGUCCAGCUCAGUACAUUUUAAACAAAUUAAGGGACCCUUACAAAAAUGUUUGAUUUUGUGUCAAAAAAAAAAAAAACAUGUAAUAAUUGCCAGAAUAUCAAUAAUAGAUCACCAGAACUCUCAAACAUUGUUACUGGCCUCAAAAAUCCUGUAAUUCUCAAACUCUAUUGAACAUGUUCAGUAACUCUUGUUAUGAUGUGACAUGAUUGUUGCUGAUUAACUAGAUUGCCAUGGAGCAGUCUUAACCUUUACACAGCGGAGGGAGGAAACCGGUUUCAGUGCAGUAUAUACUGAACCACUGAUUAAUCAUCUUCAUACUACGGUGCUGGCUCGGAACAGGUAAAAAAAACCCCACAAGCACGACACAAGGUAGUACAGGUUAAGAGCGAAGUCCAAAGUCUUUCGUCUAAAACAAGCAGUUAUCAGAACCGAGAGGUUGGUCAGGAGAGGGGCAGGUGAGGAAUCAGAGUCCAGGAAUCAGGUAGGGGUUCAGGAUCCAGACAACAAGAAACAAUGAAAGCUUAGCAAAAUGCAAACAACAGUCUGGCAGAGGACUAGUGCAAGUGGCCCAGUUUUGAUGCUACUGAGGUAAUCAGAGGGAGUGGAGAGCAGUUGAGUAAGUGGGUGGAGCAGGUCAGGUGUUGAAAGUGGAGGGAAUGAGGUAAAGGUAAAAGGUGUGUGUGGAUCUGCAGUGACAGGGAGGUAUGUCAGGUAUUGAGAAAACAUUACCCAAGAACAUGUCUGUAAAGAUUCCCAUCCAUCCUGCUUGAGGUUCCAGAAGACGUUUGGCCUCUUCUUCAGGUCUAACUGACCACUGGGGAGUCCUGGGCAUUCAUCCUCUUGCAGGAUCGUUCACACCUUGGGAGUCAUUAAGGCCGCAUGUGAGGCGUUGUGUGACUCCUGGUGUGAAUAGCUGUUGAGGGAUCUCAGCACUGCAUUGUCAGUACACUUAACGACUCACAUGAUGGCCGAGUGGAUCGUUGACUCACUUGUGACAUCAACAACUCACAAGGUGUGACCAAUCCUGCCAGAGGAUAAAUGCCUUGGACUCCCCAGGCCAGUUAGAACUGAAGAAGCCUUUUGGAUGAAAGACCAAACGUCUUCUAGAACCUCAAACAAGUCCAUUUAGAAGUACCCGAGCACAUGUUAAGGACGGAGCUGGGGCACUCUUCCCACCUGCUUUUCACCAUGUUUCACAUGAUGUUAAUGUUAUGAAACUGUCGCAGUUUGUUAGGUUUAGGAAAAUAGUUCAUGAUCUGUAAACUAAAGACAAACAUAGUAUAAAGAGUGGCAAAGUCCACAUAAGGACGCGGACAAGAUUGACAGUUGGGUCAAACACAGGACUUUAAAACCAGAGACCAGGGUUCGUUUCCUGUGUUAAACCAGGUUAUUUUAACCCAAUGAUCUCUUUCUCUUUUCGGCCAUGCUCAAACAUCCCCCGAUUCUCUCAGGAAACAGAAGUGAGACUCUACCGCGUGGAGAGCCAAUCACAUCGCAGUCUUUUGCGUACUAAUUGGGUGCAGUUAGCAUGCUCUGGCACCGGAACACAGCCGCAACCGCAGCUCACGACAGAGGGAUGGUUACAGGGGAAAAAAACAGGCAGAACGACUAAAUGAAUGCAUGACAGAGAGCAAGAGAUCAGGAGGGAUGUGUGAUGCUGUGAAACUUGCACAUGUAUUGUUAAAUUCAUGGAUUGUAAAUGAUUUAGCUGGUCCCAAAUCCAAAUAAAGGACAUUUAAGUGUUACAGUGCAGCUUUUUCUAUCAAUAUGUCACUCUGGUGAUUAAAAGUCAAGCAACAUGCUCUGUGUGUUAAUCAUGAGAACACAGUCAGCACUGUUAGGAUUAAACUCAGAAUUUGUAAAUAUUAUUUAUGGGUUGCAUCAUGCUGUUUAUGACUGUCGUGCCCUCAAAUGCACAUAUUUGAAUGCACAAAUGUGCAUAGAUUAACCAGCUAAACAAGGUGCGUGCGAAUGACAGUGAGUGUUCAUGGAAAUUUUCUCUUCUUGCAUUUGUUCCACGUCGAUACAACCCCGAGCUGCGCGGGGCCAGCGCCACGCUGCAGAGAACCAAACCCCGGCUCCCUGCUCCUGCUGACAAGAAGCAGAUCAGAGAGGAAUCUGCAGAGAUAUGACGCACAAGUUAAUUAAAAAGUGUAAUCGUGUUAUUAAAAAAAUCAGACGGUGAGUGACAGAACGUGUCAAAGCCUCGGUGCUGGAGAUGCUUCAGACGCCAGAUCACAACAUCUCACGUACCCGAGUGUCAGGCAGAAUUGACAGCUACAAGCCCAAAUAUGUGACCCACAUUUGGCAGGUUGGAGGAUGUGAAUUUCCAGACUUGACUGUUGCGAAGACUCAAAGCGUUUUUUUCUGCUCUCCCCUCAGCGUCGGAGAUGGAAAGUCCCAUCUAAAUGUCAUUGGAGUUGGAAGUGGAGAUGGUGAGAUUGACCUUGAGAUGCUCUCUGAGCUCCGUCUGAAGCACCCGGGGGUGACAGUGGAUAACGAGGUGGUGGAGCCAAGUGCCCAGCAGCUACACAAGUACAGAGUUUCGGUGUCACAGAAACCAGCUUUAGAUUACAUCAAAUUUAACUGGAACAAGAUGACUGCCUCUGAGUUUGAGGAGCAGUGGAAAGCGAAGAAGACGACGAAGAAGGCUGACUUCAUUCACAUGAUCCAGAUGCUGUAUUACGUGAAGGAUCCUGGAGCCACUAUCAGCUUCUUCCAGAGUCUCCUCGACAAGAAUGGGAAGCUUCUUAUCAUCCUGGUGUCUGGUGAGAGUGGCUGGGCAAGGCUGUGGCAGGCGAACAGGACCCAGCUCUGCAACACGGAAAUAAGUCAGUGGGUGACCACCGGAGACGUCAAAAGCUACCUGGACUCCAAGGGAGUGAGGUACCAGAACUACGAGCUGCCAUCGCAAAUGGACAUCACCGAAUGUUUCACCGAGGGGGACGAGAAGGGAGAGCUGCUGCUCGAUUUUCUCACUGAGGUGCUGGACUUCAGUAAGACGGCCUCUCCUGAGCUGAAAGCUGCCAUCAUGGAGCUGCUGAGGCACCCAGACUGUAGUGUAGAGUCCAACGGCAGAGUUAUGUUUAACAACAACCUUGGGGUGAUAGUCAUCGAUCAGCUCGCUUAAAAGCGGGCUGUUCAUGAAUGUGAAUGUGAACUCUGAAGCACAUGAGUAAUGUAGUUGUUUUUAUUUAGUUAAUUAAUUUUAAACACAUUUAAAUUGCACUGCUUAUACUUGACUGCAUAUAUGAACACGCUUUUAGACUAUGUGCAAAUGCCUUGGUUUACAUGAUCGAUUUUGUACAAACCUGCUUCUACACAACCUGAUUCUGAUCUCCAGGACUGUUUUGAUAAUAUAGAUUUUCUAAGAAUAGUCAUUUUAUGUUGAUGCCAGUAUGACUGAUUCUAUGUUAUCUUCUGUCUAAUCUACGUUUGUGCAAAGUGAAAGUGGCUUGAUUGUAAUUUGUCUUUUUUCAAACCACUUUUCAUUUCAUUGUCACGAGCCAGCCAAACAAAAUGUGAAGAUCAGAGUUUUAAUCAGCUUUAGACAUCAGCUUCAGAUUCAAGUAUCAUAUAAUUUUUAUGAGCUACAGCUGGCAGGCUGUGCUUCCAGCCCCAUUACACUGCUGCGCUCAUUGGCUCACCGAUACUUUGGAAAUAUGAAAAUAAAUGGAAAAUUGAACACUUAAUUUUCCAUGGAGAUUGAGCUGUUUAGAUCAACUGAAUACACAUGCAGAAAUGUCUGGAUUUUGUGUCCUUGCUUUUGAAUGUUAUACAUUGAAUUAUAUUUACAUCACUGAGAGAAUUUGACAAAUGAUAAACCAGGACCUGGUUAGUCUGUUCUGUCUAUUUUUGCAUAGUAGAUGUUGUGGAAUUAACAUCUGACAAAAAAAAAUUAAAGGCUUUACAACCUGCA